UCGGCACUCAUUCACAAAUCGCAAGUGUAAAUGACAAGUCGGUACUAAUUCGUGGCAAUGUUCUACGCUCUCAUGCAUUACUCCGAAUCAGUGGACAAUACAUACAUAUAUACACAGUGGUGGCACAGUGACGAUUGGUGUGACAAUUCCCCGUGCUUCGAGCAUCAACAAAGAUAACACAAGUUCUUCACAUUCAGUGCAUUGAUUAUAAGAACUACGAGUUUCAUCGGUCAAUCGCGUCUGCUCCGUGGAGAAAAACAAACGUACCUGAGUUACUGAACUGACUCUGAGAGACGACGACAGAAGAAACUUGAAAAGAGUUUAGAGGAGAGGAAAAAGAUUUUUUGGAAAGAAGAAUAAAAGUGGAGAACAUGGCGACAGUACAGACUGCCCCUGAGAUGAGCCUGCCGACAGCCAUUCCCGUGAACCAGGAGAAGAACGACAUAGACCUGAUGGCGCUUACCAUGGCUGCGCUUCGGCUGGUGAACCCUUGGUCUGUGGAGACCAAGAGCUGGGCGCGUGAACCCGCAGCCCCAGACUCCAAAGACCGCGUCAUCACCCUCGCGGAAGUAGGCCUCCACGACUCCAUGAAUGACUGCUGGGUCGUCAUCUACGACCGCGUCUACGAUAUCACCAACUUCUUCAAUGAGCAUCCUGGUGGAGCAGACAUAAUGCUGGAGUAUGCCGGGCAGGACGCAAGCACUGCCUUCAGAAGUUCUGGCCACUCCCGCAUCGCCACCAAGGCACUAGAUCGCUUCCUCAUUGGAGAACUGCCGAUGCACGAACGCAUGUACCGGAGGCCGGGAGGCAUAAGGCUCAGUGACAUCCCGGAUUAGAGAAAUAUAUCUUAUCUGUGGCUUACACUCCACGGUUUACGGCAACACACAUUUUCCUUUGGUUCCCUUUAGUUACAAAGUCAUAAAUAGUCUAUUUUUCAUACUAUACAGUAGCCUAGUAACUUUUAUACUCCAUAUACUUCCCGUAGAUAUUUGAAUGUUUGUUUCUAUAAAUGUCAAUCGACAUUUUCCCAAGUACUUAAAAUGCUCUUACUAAAGCACUACUUAUCUUUUUUAAGGUCAUGCAUUCACAGAGUGUUAAAAAGAGAUUAUAUGUUUAUCAAAAGCAAUUAAUUGUUAUUGUUGAACUUUCAACGUCAGUUAAGUAUAGUCAGGUUAGAUAAGCUUGUAAAAGACAUAGUAUUAACUUUUAAUUACUUAUAUAUAAUAAUUAUUCUGCGUUUUUUCUUGACUGCAUUUACUUACUUACAUUUUCAAAAUGGGUAUACGUAAGAUCUAUAUCAUUAUUGUGUUUGAUAUUUUUCUGUAAGAUAACUAGAGUAUUGUGUGUAUGGCUUUGCAUUUAUUUAGUUUUAGGUUUUGUAUUUAAAUGUAGGUGGCAUUAGUUGUAUCUUUCAUCGCAGUAUUACAUACGAUGUAAUUAGCCGCUUUGUUACAUUCAUUAAUUGUAAGCGCCCAUCGGUAUGCCUGAAGAGUUCCUAUUGUUUUGUAACUUAUAUUAUUAUUAUCAAAAUAAAAAUAAUUUAUAUGACA